AGGCUACAACCUCCAGAUACCCUGUCUAGAUAUUUCCACCCAGGAAGAAAAAAGCUAUGACUCCUCAUCUCUGUACAUUAUUUUUUCGUUUUCUGCCCAAUUAAAAUUAUGGUAAAUGCAGUAUACAACUCUUCUAGCCUCAGCUUCAUCUUCACCAACUUUUACUGCGACCCUUUGGAAAGAAUUUCGUAAGGUGUCACCCGUUAAAAAAAACCCAUAGCUACACCAUGACGGACCCUACCCCAGCCAACGCAAGUCUGGCGGCGGAUUCGCUGUUAGCCGAAGAUGGUCCGAACGAGCAGGACACCGCGGACCGCGAGCGGGAACUGCAGUCCAGCGUGGAUCUCGAAUCCUCCGCGAACAGUGCGCGGGACGACCGAAAGGACACGGACAAUGCCCGGCAAACGGCCGUGCUGGGCAAACAGUUUGUCGUGUCCGUGCCCCAGGAGCUGCGCGACUUGCAAAAGCCCUUCGCGAAGGCGAAGCAAGCGGCGGCCGCUCGGGCCUCGAAGAACCGGACCUCUACUCUCUUGAAGAACAAACAACCCGCCGCUCUUCCGAAAAGCAUGACCAAGGGCCCGGCGGACAAAAUCAGCUCCGCGAUUUUGACCAAUAGUUUGCGCGCCGAGGAGCCGGAGGAGGACGAGAAGGAGAGAUUAACGCGGAUCUCGGAGGAACGACAGCGGCUGCUUGCGUUCAAGAAACUUCGGGAGUUGAUCGAGCCCGAGGGGAAGCACGAGAUCGCGCAGACCGACCACUUCGGGACGAUCUACCAGGGGAGGAAACGUUUGCAGCAGUGCGACAGCAUGAAGACGAUGCGGCCCCAGCCUGGCCACAAGAUCUCCGACCGGCGGGACUACACCCAUGAGGGCCUCGGCAGGAAAACCGUGUGCUGGAAGACCGAGGUGGACCCGGGGAUGUACAAGCCGCUCGAGUCCGUCGGCGCGCACCCGACGUACGACGGCAUGGUCAAGGAGAUUGCCCAGAUCGUCGCGAAGUCGAAACAAGAGGAAAUCAAGGAGUGGAAGCGGAGAACGCUCCCGCCCUCUGCGCGGGAGUGGGACUUGUCCGUCCGGGGCGGGAAGGACCUUAUCGACUGGAAGGGCCCGCGGGUGCAGACCGUUGGGGUGUCCGAGAUGGACCGACCGGCGAUUUUGCGCGGGUGGCUGCCGGUGGAGAAGUUGGACUUUUUCCUCUCGGAGGACAAGGAGAAUCAGGACAAGUACAAGUCGCGGAAAGUCCAACUAGAAGAGCGGUCGCAGGCGGCGCUGGAGGCCGCGCGGUACCGGGAAAAGCGGGAGCGGUGGCUGCUGGAAACGCUUCGGAAGACGAACGCCUACCGGGGGGAGGACGAACUGAAACCGGAGCAGACGUACAUGCCUUUGGAGACGGAGUUCGAGAACGACCCGGAUUUACUGCCGGUGGUGAAGUACUUGAAACUCGUCUCCGACAGCUACAAAAGGGAGCAGGCGGGGGAGGACACCGCGAAACACAUCGUGAACUUGUCGGAUAUCCGGGAGUUUGAAGAUUACAACGACAGCAAACUCGGGCUCAACGACAUCCAGAACGAGCAGGACCGGAAGUUGUGGGAGUUGAUUCAGAAAACGAAGAACUUGCCGAACAUGGUGAACGCGAAAAAUCUCUUCAACGAAUUGUCCAAAACCCACCCGGGCGGCACCGUGUUGGCGGUCUUGGCCGAGGAAACGAAGCGGAUGAAGGUGAAGGAGGCGCACACGCUGCUAGCCGAGGGCAAGGACGGGCAGGACGGCCACGAACUGCUGCUGAAUCCGUUGCGGAAGGAUUUUUCGCGGAAAAACCCGCUGCAGGUGGCGGAAAUGGCAGAAAACGAGGAGCGGGAAGCUUUGUCUCUGUCCCGCGAGGCGCUGAUCGAGCGGGCGCUGAAGAAGGAUGUGAUGCAACUGCUGCUGAACAUGGAGGACGAAGAAACCGCGGAACAGCAGCGGGAGAAGGAGGAGGAGGAGCUGGCGGGGAAAAAACUGGAAACGAAAUACGACAAGCAAACGAAAAAAUACAAACUCGACGUGGUCGACAGCCGACACGUGGCGUCCACGUUCGAAAAGCGCAAGGACCGGCCGGAGCCGCCCAAGAAGGUGUCGGCCGUCAAAGUCUUGCUGGGCCAGGAGAGCAGGAGCAGGUCGAGGUCCCCCGUGGUAACGCUCAUGCCGGGGGAGAGGGUCAAGCGAAAAUUGGAGGCUUAUGGUACUGUUUCUAUUGGUUCUUCCGUUGUUAUAAGAAGUGUAGUCUCACAACGCCAAGGGCUUCUGUUGAUCUCGGCGUUCUGCCUUCCUUGUGAUGCCUCCGUGCGGAGUUUGCCGCUUCUAUAUUGCAAGUGCGUGAGUUUUCGUUUUCCACUUGGCUUGCAAGCAUGCGAAAUUUUCAUUAACACGAAUUCGACGAAUUGAAAUCAAAUACACGACCAGAUUCCUGGAACACUGCCCCUCCGGGCACCGGUCCCUCUUCCGCAGCAGAUCUUAACAAGGGAAGAAACGAGGACGACGAGUUGCAGAAGGUGAGUAGUUUUUUGAAAACCAGUCCCUAUAGCAAGCCUCUUGACGAGGAAAACAUGGAGUCCAACGUGUCCGCAAAGUUGACCGACGAUAUGCGGGCGCUGUUCAAAAAGCGCGCCAUAGACUACAACGCGGGCGCGGGGAAAUUGCAGGAAGCCUCGUGGAGUGUCGAGGACGCGGACCUCUUUCAGCAGAGCAUGGAGGAUUUGCAAGCGAGCGUGUUCGACACGGCGAGUACGGCUGCUGGUAGAACCAAGCUGAAGAAGGAUAGCAAGGGAAUAGAUUCUGGCGCAGCAAGUUCUACCGGCGCAGCAGGGACGAAAGAGAAAAGGAAACAGAAAGGCACCUCCAGUAGUCCAUUAUUGCAACUCCCGGUGUAUGACAUCGACCAGGAGAUUCUGCAAGUGAUGGAAAACGAGCUCGAUAACGCCAACUACAUGGUUGAGAAAGCCUUCGGGUCCUCCCGCCAGAAUUCGAAAACAGCCGCGCAAAGGAGUAAGAACGCGGCCAACACCAGCGGGUCCCGCGUGGGGCAGGAUUUGUUGUGGAAUCACAUGCUCUCGCAGUCCUCCCACCGCGCGCUGCACCCAUUAAAACCCCCCGCGCUGGAGAUGCAGUGGCCGGCUUUGGACGAGGAGCUGCGCUGGCUGAUCGCCGGAACCGAUAAAAUCGGCGACUCCGUGGGCGAGUACUUUAGCUAUUUAGGUGCGAACAGCGAGGUGAUGGUGGGAAGUAAUCUGCUCGAGGAGAAGGGGGAACCAGGAACGAUAAAAAACAAUCCGAAUAAUUUUAAUUACGACACCGUGCUUGCCAUGGGCAGCACCAGCAGCUCCGGAAAUAACAAAUCCAAAUUCAGAUCCCUCGAAGGCGACCACAGCGCGCAGGCGCCGAGCAUUCUGGAGCAAGCGCGACAAGCAGCCUUCACGGCGCAAGAGAAAAUGGCCGCGAGAAAUGAGAAAAAGGGAACAUCAGCUGCUUCUAGAACACAGCAGCCGGGGAGUUUCACCUCGAUAAGGAGUUCCGCGGCCGAGCGGGAGGAACAGCGAGGAACUGUUGGGGACGAGGAUGAAUUUAUUGGAGGGACAAUAAACGAAGGAGCAGAUGAAAUGGUUCCAGACAAAAAUGACGAGGCUGUUGUUGAUCAGGCUGGUGAACAAAUAAUGCGGGAAUCCCGUCAGUCGCAGAAUGACACGCUGGACGAGUUUUCUGCGGCCUCUGUGAAUGUGAAGCCGUUGGACGACGAGGAAAUAGUAGAAGAGGGUAAAAACGAGGGCGUAGUUGCCGCGCCAGAUGUUGGUAGGACGUCCCCAAGUCCUCGUGGUGCUGCUCUUGUUGAAGGCACUAGCGCAACGACCCCACCACGAACAACGACUUAUCCCCAAGACCUCACCGAGGAGGAGCUGAAACAGAAAUUGCAGGAGGACAUCGAGAAACGGCGCAAGCAGCGCGAGCGGCAGAAACGGCGGCAAAAGAAAAAACUGGCGGGCGAGCAGGUAAGUGGCACGAGUGAUAUCUCCUCGGACAACGAGUCCGGUCGGGAGGAGGACGAGAAAAAACUUUCCCCGGAGGAACUGCGGGCGAAGCGCCGAAAGAAGAUCGAGGAGCAGAAGGCGGCGGCGAAGAUCAAGGCGGAGGAGGACCAGAAGAACCUGCGCGAGAAACUGCUCCGGGCGAAAAAGCUGUGGGGCCCGAAGGUGAAGCUGGCCCAGCAGGCGGCGGCGUUCAGCGAUUUACUAAAAAAAGAGAGGCUCUCCGCGCAGUCCGUGGGCAGCAGCGCCCGGUCGGAGGGAAGUGCGAUGAUGAAGCCGAAAGUCGCCGGGGGCACGGUCUCCUUCGGGGCCAAGGCGUUGUCCGAAAAGUCGCGCAGCCUGAUGCAGUCCGUAAUCAAGUCGCAGAGCGAAAAGCAACGCGCACCUCCCGUAAACUUCGCGAAGGCGGGGAACACCGCGGUCGGCGACGCGGCCGUGGGCGGGAUUAAUAUGGCAUCCGCGGCGCAACCGAAACAGAAAAUGCAGUUUGGCUCCUCCAGGAUUACCAAGCACAUCGCGCUUGCGAAGAUGAGCAAUCCCCACACGCCCCAUUUGGACAGCAGCGAUGGCGAAGGGCCGGGAAGUUAAGGGUUGGUGCUCCUAUGAUGUUGACAAAAAAAUAAUCAUAUUGUAGCUGUCACCAGCUGGAGAAAGAUUCGCACAGAUCGAAAUUUUUCCUAGCAUGUUUCGUUCAAGUAGGAAGUUCUAUUCCCCGCAAAGGACGAUCGCACUUUCGCGGGUAUUUUCGUAGUCGAGUAGCUAGUGCGUGCUCCUUCUUUUCUUUGCAAUUACUCAUUUGAAAUGGAAUAGAACACUAUCCGCGUACUUGGUGGACAUCACCUCCGUUUGUUUAGUGUCUUAUUGGGUGAGCGAAAC